UAAAUAAGAGGAUUUAAGCGGCUCGUGUUGUUUUGUUUCUGACAUCAGUAGGCAUAUACUGAUAUACAAUGUUCUCGUCCGUUACUAUAAUCUCACAACACUUUUCAAACUUUCUCUCUUCGCCUCUUCAGGUUCUACACCUCAAUCUGAAAACAUGAACUCUUUCGUCUCCAAUCAUCUCUAGCUUCUCACUAAGUGCGAGAACACUUGUCUUCCCAAUACAAGAAGAAGCUAAAGCUAUCUAUGUCCAUGCCCUUUGUUUCCGCAGCAGAGAUGGGUUUAACGCAAUGGCUCCAGCUAAACUCGCCUUGUAUGAAGGAACAUAUAAGCAUCACCAUGCAACUGGCCUUCCUCGCUUUCUUUGUGAUUCAUUUCGCAUGGAAACGGCUUGGUGCAGUGAGAAACAGAGGAGUUCAUGAUACAGAAGAAGACUUGAAGAAACAGAGCAUAACCGUGAAACAGAGCUUCUCUUACAAACUCUCCCUCCUCUGUUCUGUUUCCAUCUUCGGGACUCAUUGCUUCGUCUUGCUUCUGCUGUUACAAAACAGCACGGUGCCUAGGUGUGAUUCCUCUGUUUCUGUCUUCUCCACUGAGAUCUCACAAGCUCUCUCGUGGCUUAUCGUCUCUCUUUAUGUGAUCAAGAUCAAAGAACGGAGACUUUUAGAGUUUCCUUGGAUGUUAAGGACAUGGUGGCUCUUUAGUUUCAUCUUAUCCUUAACCUUCACUGCUCAUUUCAUAACCGCAAAACACCACAAGCCUCUCGGGUUUAAGGACUAUGCUGACUUGACCAGUCUUGUUGCAUCCUUGUUCUUGGUUUCUCUCUCAAUCAGAGGAAACACCGGUUUACAUCUUCUUGAAUCCACCGAAGAAGUCACAGAGCCGUUACUCCUCUGUUCCGAAACAGAGCAAAUCAAGAGAAAGAGCUCUUCUUUUUCUCCAUACGGAAACGCAACUCUCUUCCAACGCAUCACUUUCUCAUGGAUCAACCCUCUCUUCUCCCUCGGAUACAAGAAGCCUCUCGAAAAAGACGACGUACCGAACAUCGACGUGGAAGACUCAGCCCAAACAUGCUCUCAAGCCUUUGACAAGAACCUCAAAACCACCAUAGAGCAAGAAGGACCAGGGAGGGCCUUCUUCUACAAGUCGGUUCUUCGAUUCGUCUGGAAGAAAGCAGCCAUCAACGCGGUUUUCGCAGUCGUAAACGCCAGUACAGCUUACAUUGGACCGUACCUCAUCAACGACUUCGUUGUCUUCUUAACCGAGAAACAAGACCAGAGCUUAAACUACGGUUACCUUCUUGCACUAGGCUUCUUGAGCGCCAAGAUCGUUGAGACAGUCACUCAAAGACAGUGGAUCUUCGGAGCUCGCCAGCUCGGAAUGCGCCUAAGAGCAGCUUUGAUAUCACAUAUAUACCAAAAGGGUUUACUGUUAUCUAGCCAGUCUCGGCAAAGCCACACGAGCGGAGAGAUCAUCAACUACAUGAGUGUAGAUGUUCAGAGGAUCACUGACUUCAUCUGGUAUGUUAACAACAUAUGGAUGUUACCUAUUCAGAUCUCCGCGGCGAUUUUCAUCUUGCAGAAGCAUCUGGGACUAGGAGCUGUGGCUGCAUUGGUCACAACUUUGAUGGUGAUGGCUUGCAACUACCCUCUCACAAGGAUUCAGAGAACUUACCAGUCAGAUAUCAUGAAUGCUAAAGAUGAGAGGAUGAAAGCAACUUCAGAGAUUCUUAAGAACAUGAAGAUUCUGAAGCUUCAAGCAUGGGACAAUCAGUUUCUCAACAAGGUUAAGAGGUUGAGGAAGAAAGAGUAUGAUUGUCUAUGGAAGUCCUUGAGGUUACAAGCUUUCACUACUUUUAUACUCUGGGGAGCUCCUGCUUUGAUCUCUGUGGUGACUUUUGUAACUUGCAUGCUCAUUGGAGUGAAGCUAACCUCUGGAGCAGUCUUGUCUGCUCUUGCAACGUUUCAGAUGUUGCAAAGUCCGAUUUUCGGUUUGCCUGAUCUCCUCUCUGCUCUAGUUCAAAGCAAGGUUUCUGCGGAUAGGAUCGCUUCUUACCUUCAACAAAGUGAGACUCAGAAAGAUGCAGUUGAGUAUCUUUCAAAGGAUGAUACUGAGCUGAGUGUUGAGAUUGAAAACGGUGCAUUCAGCUGGGAGCCUGAAGCAAGCAGACCAACUCUAGAUGAGAUAGAACUUAGAGUUAAGACAGGAAUGAAAGUGGCGAUUUGCGGAGCGGUAGGGUCAGGAAAGUCAAGCUUGCUAUCAUCAAUCUUAGGGGAGAUUCAGAAGCUGAGAGGAACAGUUAGAGUCAGUGGCAAGCAAGCUUAUGUUCCUCAGUCACCAUGGAUACUAACCGGGACUAUUAGAGAUAACAUUCUGUUUGGAAGCAUCUAUGAAAGUGAGAAGUAUGAGAGAACUGUUAAAGCAUGUGCUUUGAUAAAGGACUUUGAGCUGUUCUCUAAUGGAGACAUGACAGAGAUUGGUGAGAGAGGGAUCAACAUGAGUGGAGGUCAGAAGCAAAGGAUACAGAUUGCUAGGGCUGUGUAUCAAGAUGCUGAUGUAUAUCUGCUUGAUGAUCCUUUUAGUGCUGUUGAUGCUCAUACAGGGAGACAACUCUUUGAAGAGUGUUUAAUGGGGAUACUGAAAGAGAAGACAGUACUUUAUGUUACACAUCAAGUUGAGUUUCUUCCAGCAGCAGAUCUCAUUCUGGUGAUGCAAAAUGGAAGAGUGAUGCAAGCAGGAAAGUUCCAAGAGCUUUUGACGCAAAACAUAGGUUUUGAAGUUCUUGUUGGAGCUCAUAACGAAGCUCUUGACUCAAUCCUAUCAAUUGAGAAGUCAAGCAGGAACUUCAAAGAGGAAGCCAAAGAUGAUGAUGAUACAUCAGCCAUUGCAGAGAGUCUUCAGACACAGCGUGACUCAGAGCAUAACAUCUCAACAGAGAACAAAAAGAAAGAAGCAAAGCUAGUGCAAGAUGAGGAGACAGAGAAAGGAGUGAUAGGGAAAGAAGUUUACUUAGCUUAUUUGAGAACUGUUAAAGGAGGAUUGCUUGUGCCAAUCAUAAUCUUGGCUCAGUCUUGCUUCCAAAUGCUGCAGAUUGCUAGCAAUUACUGGAUGGCAUGGACUGCUCCUCCUACUGCUGAAUCAAAACCAAAAAUGAGUAUGGAUAAGAUUUUACUCGUUUACGCGCUUCUUGCUGCAGGAAGUUCACUUUGUGUGUUGGCAAGGACGAUUCUAGUAGCUAUAGGUGGGCUUUCAACAGCAGAGAAGUUCUUUUCAAGGAUGCUUUGCAGCAUUUUCAGAGCUCCUAUGUCAUUUUUUGAUUCAACUCCAACAGGAAGAAUCUUGAACAGAGUAUCCACAGAUCAAAGUGUUUUGGAUUUGGAAAUGGCAAUAAAGCUAGGUUGGUGUGCUUUCUCAAUCAUUCAGAUCGUUGGAACUAUCUUCGUCAUGUCUCAAGUUGCUUGGCAAGUUUGUGUCAUCUUCAUUCCAGUAGCAGUAGCCUGCGUGUUUUAUCAGAGGUAUUACACACCAACAGCAAGAGAACUGUCACGCAUGUCAGGAGUAGAAAGAGCUCCUAUCCUUCACCAUUUCGCUGAAUCUCUUGCUGGUGCAACAACAAUACGCGCAUUUGAUCAGAGAGACCGCUUCAUUAGCUCAAACCUUACUCUUAUUGACAACCAUUCAAGGCCAUGGUUCCAUGUUGCAUCAGCAAUGGAAUGGCUUUCCUUCAGAUUGAAUCUGCUUUCUCAUUUUGUAUUUGCUUUUUCAUUGGUGUUACUUGUGACUCUCCCUGAAGGUGUCAUCAAUCCAAGUAUUGCUGGUCUUGGAGUCACAUAUGGCUUAAGUCUGAAUGUAUUACAAGCCACAGUGAUAUGGAACAUAUGCAAUGCAGAAAACAAAAUGAUCUCUGUAGAAAGGAUUCUCCAAUACUCCAAAAUCCCCAGUGAGGCACCAUUAGUAGUUGAUGCUCAUAAGCCUCUUGAUAACUGGCCAAAUGUUGGAUCAAUUGUCUUCAGAGACCUACAGGUCCGGUAUGCAGAACACUUCCCAGCUGUCCUGAAGAACAUCACUUGUGAGUUUCCAGGAGGGAAGAAGAUUGGAGUUGUGGGAAGAACAGGAAGCGGGAAAUCGACUUUGAUUCAGGCACUGUUUAGGAUUGUUGAGCCAAGUCAAGGAACCAUAGUCAUUGAUAACGUGGAUAUUACCAAGAUAGGUUUGCAUGAUCUGAGAUCAAGACUUGGGAUCAUUCCUCAAGAUCCAGCGCUGUUUGAUGGAACAGUUAGAGUGAAUCUAGACCCUCUAGCUCAGUACACAGAUCAGGAACUAUGGGAGGCGCUUGACAAGUGCCAACUAGGAGAUGUUCUGCGUGCAAAAGAUGAGAAGCUGAACGCUACAGUGGUUGAGAAUGGUGAUAACUGGAGUGUAGGGCAAAGACAGUUAGUGUGUCUAGGGAGGGUGUUGUUGAAGAAGAGCAACAUUCUAGUGCUUGAUGAGGCAACUGCUUCAGUUGAUUCUGCAACAGAUGGUGUGAUACAGAAGAUCAUCACUCAAGAGUUUAAAGAUCGAACAGUUGUGACUAUAGCUCACAGAAUCCAUACAGUGAUUGAGAGUGAUCUUGUUCUGGUUCUUAGUGAUGGACGAAUAGCAGAGUUUGACUCACCUGCAAAACUGCUAGAGAGGGAAGAUUCUUUCUUCUCCAAACUCAUAAAGGAGUAUUCAAUGAGAUCUAAACACUUCACUGGCUCAAAUAAUCUUCUCAGCUGAGAGUGACACUGUGAGUUGAUCUUCUGUUGUAGAGAUAAUAAAAGACCAAUGCAUCAGUUAAACCUAAGUUAAAAGUGUUCUAACUAUCUAUUUAGUACAUAAGUUGAACAUAGACAUGGAGAGAGUACCAUGGUUAGUACUUAGAAGCAAGGUGCAUCUAGGAAAGUUCAGUUCAACAUUUAUUCUUCAGUAUGCUUUAUAUAAUUCAAUCACAAAUGUUUGUGGUUUUCUUUUCAGUUUGUUGUUAGAGAACAUUUCAUGUCACCAAUGUAAUAAAGCAGGAAACUGUUGUAUGGUUACAUAUAAAACUCAAUUUAUCAGCUGUAAUAUAAGAAAUUCAAUGCAACAAUAAUAUGGUAACAACC